UCUAUAAACCCCUUUUGUUUGUUUUGUUAUAUAUCCCUUUCUGCCCCCCCAAAAAACAAAAAAUUCAAACAAAUUGUAAAAAGCAAUUUGACAAUACUACAAGCCACAACUCUUCAGGAAGUACAAAACCCAUUCCAAUAAGUCUUAACCCCACAGAGGACUCUCUAUCAGACACCCACCCAUCUCACAUAGGUUCCAACGCCCACAAAACUCACUGGCCACAAACCAUUCCUCCUCUUCCAUGGCUUUGAUCACCUCAACACCAACCAAUGUCAAACCACACAAUUUUGUUCCUCUCCGCCGCAUAAUUCACCGGCUUGGACCCACUGUUGGCCCUCUCCGGCCGGUUCAUCACCAUUCCAUUGUUCUGAAUUUCGGUAUCUAUGGUUCGAAUUCCAACAGAGUGUUGGUAAAAGCAAAGCUUUUCACCAAUCUGGGUGCCAGUUCCAAUAGAAAAGUAGCCGCAAAUUGUAAUGCUGCAUUGACAGAAACCAGCGAGCCGGAGCCAGAGGCAGAGCAAAUCAGAACCAAAAGAAUUUUAUUAUCAGACGUGGUGGUGGAGCGGCCAAGGAACGUCUUUUCUGGGAGAAAAUGGAACUCAUUGGAUGUGGGCACUGCCGGUGUAGUUUUGACAAUGCAUUUGCUUAGUGUUUUCGCACCAUUCCAAUUCAGUUGGGGUGCGCUUUGGGUGGCCGUGACGUUGUACGUUGUGACGGGUCUUUUCGGUAUUACUCUGUCUUUUCAUAGGCAUCUUUCUCACCGGAGUUUCAAGCUCCCCAAGUGGCUUGAAUACUUGUUUGCUUAUUGUGGAGUUCAAGCACUGCAGGGGAACCCAAUUGAUUGGGUGAGUACACACCGUUACCACCACCAGUUUUGUGAUUCUGAAAGAGACCCACAUAGCCCAGUUGAAGGUUUUUGGUUUAGUCAUAUGAGUUGGCUAUUUGAUACCAAUUCGGUGAUUGAGAGGUGUGGGGGACCGAACAAUGUUGGGGAUUUAGAAAAGCAGCCAUUCUAUAAGUUCAUUCAGAAUACUUAUAUUGUUCACCCAAUUGCUCUUGGAGUCCUGCUAUAUGUCUUGGGAGGUUUUCCUUUCCUUGUAUGGGGAAUGGGUGUUAGGAUUGCAUGGGUAUACCAUAUCACUUGGCUGGUUAACUCAGCUUGCCACGUUUGGGGGAACCAAGAAUGGAACACGGGCGAUCUAUCAAGGAACAAUUGGUGGGUGGCAUUGCUUGCAUUUGGAGAAGGUUGGCACAAUAAUCACCAUGCAUUUGAGUUCUCAGCUAGACAUGGCUUAAAAUGGUGGCAGCUUGACAUGACUUGGUAUGUAGUUAGAUUUCUACAAGCUGUGGGAUUGGCAACUGAUGUGAAGGUACCAACUGAGGUUCAAAAGCAAAGAAUGGCUUUCAACAAUUGAGACUAUGUGACUCAAAUAGGAUGUGAGACUGAGUGGGGUUAUCUGGUUUAGGCUAAACUUAGCUCCUUCUUCAUGACCAUUAAACUUGUUAGUAUGUUAAUAUGAUUAUAUAAUCCUUGAUGGGAACUUGUUGUCAAUAAUACAAAUUCUCCUGUAUCCAAACAAAGUUUUAAAUUGACCGUUUGCUGUGUGGCUGAAGAUCCUAAUGUUUCUCCGUCCAAUAGUUACAUAUACCUUCCACGCCCAUCAAAGUGGUCCUUCUUCUCCUGAGUUCGAUGUGAGAAGUUGAACCUUGUAAGAAGGUGGUCGGUGGUGCUUCGAAGGCAAUAUUAUAUAGGGAAAAUAGAACUACCCAAAGUUUGUAAUUAUUUAUUAAAUUUGACUGAGAAUUGGUCAAAGAAGUUCAAGAAGGUAAGAUAUUCCUUAUCUGCAAUUCUUGACAAUUGAGGUGGUUCACUUGCAUUACUCUAAGCAAUCUUUGUGACUGGUACAUGAUUCACAUUAGAAUUGUGGCAUGUAAAAUGUUGCAGAAUGGCCUUGAUACUUCUAUACCAGACGAAAUUUCAUCUUAAAAAUCAUGGUCCGUGUGGUCCCUAGUCCUUGCCUUUCCUUGCGAGGGCCCGAGGCCCCUUUAUCCUGUGUCUUCUUAUUUAUCCAUUUUCCGAUUGUUUUAAUAGACUUCCAUUAACUUAUCAUUACAUAAAAAGCAUAAAGGCCCAAAAACGCCUCCCUUCUUUGGUCUUGAUGGUUGUGUGGUUGGUCCACAUCAUCGAGAACCAAGGUUCAAGGGUUGGUAGAGGAAGAGAAAGAAAGAUUAGAAAAAAUAUAAGGUAUUCCAAAAUACCUUUGUUUUUAAUAAAAAAUUUAGUUGGUUUCUAAAAUUUUU